GGUCAGUCCCGUGGAAACAUGGUGGAGCACGGGGACAUCCGCGUGGUUCACCGAGGAGGCAGUAAAAUAAACUUCAGGGUUCCUGUCAUCAGUAGCGACUCCAGGUUUCUGUUAUGCGCCUCUGGUCAGUGUGUGAAGGUGUUCAGCACGUCCACAGAGGAGUGUAUCCACGACCUGCAAGGACACACCGACCUGGUGACUGGUGUGCUGCUCAGGCCCUCCAACCACCUGCAGGUCUACUCGUGCUCACUAGAUGGCACUGUCAGACUGUGGGACUUCACAGAUGGCAUUCUCAUUAAGACAUUGGUCAUCGGACACCCGCUCUACUCCAUCUACGCAUCCGCACAGCAUGAAGGAGUGAUCUUUGCGGUCAUCCCCACUGGCGCCGACAAGCGAUCUGAGUUGUUCCAGCUGGUCGCGGUCCAGCUGCCUCAGAGCGGAGAUCAGCUGGCGGAGGUUCGAGAGCUUUCUGCCGUCCUGGACAGCGUCGGCUCCUCCCCGGCAGCCACCGCCUUCGGUAGACAGGGGGAGUUCAUCGCUUCGGCCCGGGGGCUGCACCUGGAGGUCUUCUUCUUCAGGAAGCAGAAGUCUUACAGGUUUUCCCUUAAAGAAGACAACAAAACAGGAGGCAAGAACACGUUUACGUGUAUCUCCUGCCACCCGAAGGAUGACUGCAUCGCCACGGGGCACGAAGACGGAAAGAUCCGCCUGUGGAGAAACUUUAACCACAAGAAGGAGUACACCUACACCACGCUGCACUGGCACCACGACGCCGUCAGCUCGCUGUGCUUCACUCCAGAAGGCACCAACCUGCUGAGCGGAGGUGUGGAGUCGGUGCUCGUCCAGUGGAGAUACAACCAGCCGAGCCAGCGGGACUUCCUGCCACGCCUGGGUGGCGCCAUCACACACAUCACGGUCUCCCCCGACGGAGCGCUGUUCUUCACCUCGCACAGUGACAACAAGAUCACGAUUAUUCAGAGCUGUGUUAAAGUGUCGGCUGUGAUUCAGGGCCUGGUCAAAGGAGAAAGUGUGAGGACCGAGCUGAUGGUGGACCCCCGCAGCAAGGCUCUGGUUCUGAACGGGAAGCCUGGACACCUGCAGUUUUACUCCCUCUGGAGAGACAAGCUGCUCUAUAACCUGGACAUCGUGCAGCAGGAGUUCAUCCACGAAGCGGGCCUGCAGCAGUUUGAGGUGGUCAAGGCUGCGUUUGAUGCUUCUGGCACCUGGUUGGCAACCGUUGAGGAAAGGCAGCUAAAAGAUGCAGAGCUGGAGUUGAACUUGAAGCUGUGGAUAUUUGACAACGGGACUCAGAGCUUUGUGCUGAACACGACCAUCUCGGCCCCCCACGAGGCUCAGAUCACGGCCCUGUGCUUCCAGCAGGCCGCUGACAGCCAGACCACCGUGCUGGUCUCCACCAGCAGGGACGGACACUUCAAAGCCUGGCAGCUGGCGGCGCCGGCGCCGGCCCACACGGAGGAGGAAGGCCCGUCUUGGUCCUGUGACUUUGUCGGAGCCUAUCACGGACUGGUGCCCUACUGCUGCGCCUUCUCAGCCGACGGCUCUCUGCUGGCCGUCGGCUUCCAGGAGGUGGUGACGGUGUGGAGCCCCGCCUCCUGGGAGCUCCUGGCCACCCUGUCGCAGCCACCUGGAACUGUCAGGGACCUUUGUUUCGGCCGGCUCAGCUGCUCCAAGUAUCUGCUGGGAACCACGGCUGGUAAUCUGCUGUGCUGCUGGAACCUCCUCACCUGCUCCCUGGAGUGGAGCACGUCCAUGGAGAUCAGCCUGCUGCUGGCCGACCCCCUCUCGGAGAACAUGGCCGCCUUCUGCUUUCAGAGCGGAUGCACCGACUUAUUUGUGUUCAAGCCCAGCGAGCCUCGGCCGCUGUUUUCCCAUAAGGCCGUGUGCUCGGGGAAGGUGACGCGGGCCGUGUUCGCCCCGAGGGAGGAGAUGCUGGAGAGCUGCGAGGAGAGCAGCCAGUGGCUGAACCGCUCGCAGCUGUACUUCCUGUCACAGCAGACGGACCUCAUGACGUUCAUCACCAAGGCAGAAGAGGACAGAAUGACGGACCGCAGGAAACAGCUGGUGAUUGAUGACAGCGUUGCCAUGACGCCGUUCUACCUGUUGCUGGGGAAACACCUGCCUCAGCAUCAGGACCGGCGGGACGCGGCGAGCGGCCUGACCCCGGAGAGCACGCCGCUGCCCCAGAGCUCUGCUGCCAUCAAAGAGCUCCUCCACACGCCGGCCCACGUCCUGCCCUCCACCUCCUUCCUCUGCUCCAUGUUCGUGCAGUCCCUGCUCGUCUCCGUCACAGGCAGCAGAGAGGAAGACAAACACGCAGAGGAGGAAAUGGAGAGUGAGAAAGAGGAAGAGGAUUCAGAGGGGGAAAUGGAAUCCGGCACCUCGAGACCGGAGCGGGCGGCGGCGGGCGGCCCCCCCACGGAGCCAGCCGCCCCGGCGCUGACCAAAGCUGAGGCGAAAGAACUGAGGAGGCUGAGGAAGGCGGACCACAGCUGGCUCACAGGCCUCCUGGACUCCUAAACCACCGGAGUGGACAGAAAGAGACACUCCUCAGGUCCUCGCCUGUUACACGUUUGCGAGUCUUUGCAGGUUUUCUCUCUGAAACAGUCGACUCUUUGUUGUACAGCCUGAGUCGUCACAAAUCCUCUUGCCAACUGAAACAAGCUCGCACCUGAAUGCCAGCGUCACUCUGGAUAAUGUUCUGCAGUGAAAUAAAUGUUUUUAUACAUGCCACUCGCAGCAGGAUUUCUCUUCAUGUUGCUGCCGAUCACCGCAUUUACACGGCAACCUUUCACAUGAUUCAGAUGUUUUGUUUGCUUUUUUUCAAUAAAAGCUUAUUUUGUUAUUACAGAAAUAUCUGGUAUCGCUUCUUAAAUACCGUAGUACCAUUUAAUCCAGCAAAAUGAUUCACAAUGCACUGAUCCAAAUCCAGGUAUUUCACAUGAUGUCAACCAUGAGGCCUGUGGGCCAAAAGUGGCCCCCAAGAAGCUCCAAUCCAGCCUGCCAAACCAUGAAGAAAAUGAACAAAAAGUUCAAAGAAAACAUUUAUUUUUGGAUCUUAAAUAGGUUUUCGAACAUUUCACCAAAAGGUUUCAUGUUGAGAUUGUAUUCAUGUUUGGCAGUAAUAGUUUUUUUGUAAAAAUAUAGACAUAUCUCUUGUUCUGUGACUCUUUCAUAACAGCGUCAGGAGAAGUGGUGGAGUUUUCUCUCUCACUUCAGGGUCAAAGGAAGAAAAGAGCUAUCAGUAGUGAAAAGUUGUGUGAGGUGAAGGUUUUGUGGGAUGAUCUCCAUGUUGCUGACAGCUCUGUGUUUAAUGAGAUUUCAUCACUGUGCAGGUGGAAUAAAUCUUUUACCCCUGCAGUAAAAACACUGAAGGUCAGAUGUGUAACUAGAUCGAGGGAAAUGUUUCUGCAAUCAUCCUUCUAAAUAUAUCUCAUCCUGCUUUUCAGUUGUCUUGUUUAUAGUGUGGCCAGGUUUUUGCCAGUGAAGAAAGUGUGAUACUCCAACAUAAACGUUUCACAUCACAUGAUGAAGAUAUCCGACAGACAUGGAGGAUUUCUGUCAUAAUGUGGAACUGAUGUAUUUUGCAUUGCUUCACUUCAAAGGCAUUUCUAAACAUUGUAAUGUGUCUUC